UAUUACAAUUAAAAUAUAUAAUUUUAAAAAAAAAUUGUUGAAAACUUUGAAAGUUUUAGUGAUAAAAUUUGUAUAAUUAUAAAAAUAGAAUUAAAUAAUAUUUCAAAAUUUGUAACGUUACAUUUGAAUAUAUAUAUAUUUAAUGAUAAUGUAAGAGUUAUUACUAUAUUGUAGAAGUUUACCAAAAAUAUAGAUUAACAGUAAAUAUAAUGUAUGAAUAUUACUAUAUUUAUUAUAAAAUUUAACAAAAAUAUAAAUCAACAUUAAAUGUAAUUAUUCAUAUCAUAUUUAGCUAUAGACCAUGUCAUCAAUUUUAGUAGUCAUGUCACAUUUUUUUUAUAAAAUUGAUUAUAGAGAAGUUCUAGCAAAUCACUUAUCAAAUAAUGUAUAUAGGAUUUAUCUAAUCUAUAUCUUGGAACUAUUAGUACAGCCAAGCAACAGAAACAAGAACAUAACCAUGUUAUUAAUUAGUAUCAUUUGAUUAUAUUGACAAUUAAAUAAAACUGAUCAUACUAUGAUCAAAGUGUAUUAUUAAUUAAUAUAAACGAGAAGGUUCAACGAAGCAAUAUGCACUAACAAAAAGUAUUGUUUCGUCGUGUUGCACCUAUAAAUACAACACCAUACUCGUUAAGUCGUCUCCAUGUCAAACCUGUGUAAGCUCAUAAACACAUCACACCAAGAUUCUUCGAUAUUAUAUUUACUUUUAUAGUCAGUCUUGUAAACGGGAGCCAUGGAUGCUAAGAAUGCGUUAGUGAUUGUAUUAACCAGCAUCGCCGUACUGCUUCUCGCCGGUGCCCCCACGGUGGUCCAAGCUUGUCUCCCUUCCGAACGAGCGGCGCUUCUCGAGUUCCGAGCAAAGCUCAACGAGCCUUACAUUGGCGUAUUCAAAACAUGGAAAGGCCAAGACUGCUGCAACGGGUGGUACGGCGUGAGCUGCGACCCCAAAAGCCGCCGAGUCUCCGGCAUCACCCUCCGCGGAGUAUCGGAGGAGCCGAUUUUCCAAAGGGCGAAACGGAAGGGGUUCAUGACCGGCACCAUCUCGCCGGCGUUGUGUAAACUCACUCACCUCUCCGGCGUUACAAUCACCGACUGGGAAGGAAUCUCCGGCGUGAUUCCGAACUGCAUCACGAAUCUUCUUGCAAUGAGACAUUUGGAUCUCGCCGGAAAUAAAAUCUCCGGCGUGAUUCCGGCGAAUAUCGGGAAGCUCACGAAGCUAAGAGUGCUGACUCUCGCCGAUAAUAAAUUAUCCGGUGGGAUUCCUCCGUCGAUCACGAGGUUGACGAGCUUGUCGCAUCUUGAUUUGAGGAACAAUUAUAUCUCCGGAGUCAUACCGGGAGAUAUCGGCCGGUUAAAGAUGCUGAGCCGUGUGCUCUUAACCGGUAACAGAAUCUCGGGUCAAAUACCCGAAUCUUUGACCCGGAUCUACCGGCUCGCGGAUCUUGAGCUCGGGAUGAACCGAAUCACCGGUACGAUCCCGGUUUCGUUAGGCAAAAUGUCUGUUCUCGCGACGCUCGAUCUCCACGGGAACUUGAUCUCCGGCGCGAUUCCGGGGAGUUUGAUGACUUCGUCGAUCUCGAAUUUGAAUUUGCGCGGGAACCGUCUUGGUGGAAGGAUACCGAACACGUUUGGACCGAGGUCGUACUUCACGGUGCUGGAUCUUUCGAACAACCGUCUACAGGGGGCGAUUCCCGCGAGUAUCACGACGGCGUCGUUUAUAGGACACAUCGACGUGAGUUAUAACCAACUGUGUGGGAAGAUUCCGACGGGAUCUCAUUUUGGUCAUCUUGAAGCGGCGUCGUUUGCUUACAAUAGAUGCCUCUGUGGAAAGCCUCUUGGGAUCUGUCGAAAAUAAUUACAAUCAUUAAGAAAUUAUUUGGGAGGGGGAAUCAAAUGCGCUUUGAUUUUUGUUAUGUUUAUUCUAUAGUACUAUUUACAUUAGUACAUUAUUAUCAUUUCAUAUGUAAUUCCCAUUUGGUGUUUUCUUCUCUGUCUGCCAUGAUUCUCGAACGCUCAUUGA